AUUCACCAUCAUCCACCGUCUAAAACCAAAAAACAAAAAAGUAGAACAACCAAGAUCCAUAUCUUCUUCUUCUUCUUCCUUCUUUCUUCCAAAAACACCCAAAUAUCCUUCCUUUUUCAACUUCAAUUCAAUCCAAAAAUAAAAAAUAAAAAAUGAGUGACAGUGAUGACGACGAGCUGUUACAAAUGGCAUUAAAAGAACAAUCACAACGAGAUUUAAACUACACAAAAACUUCUCAAACUCGAUCCACUAAGCCAGUUGUCAAUUUCGUUCAACCUCCUUCAAAUCGGACUUCUAAAAACCCUAAUAAUAAUAAUAAUAUAAAUAUUAAUAAUAAAAAUUCUGUUAAUAAUAAUAAUAUGAUAAAAGGCCAGCAGCAGCAUAGAAGGAAUGCCACGGAGGAUGAUGACGAUUCUGAGGUGGAGAUGUUGAGUAUUAGCUCAGGUGAUGACGAUGACGAUUAUCCGGUUCGCGAUCGGACCGGGUUAAAAAACCGGGCUAGAAAUAAUGGUGGUGGUGGUGGUGAUGAGAAAGUUUGGGUUGGAGAUGAACCUGAUGCUUGGAAAAGAGUUGAUGAAGCUGAGCUUGGUAGAAGGGUCCGUGAGAUGAGGGAAGCAAGAACAAUUCCCACCACCCAAAAGUUCGAGAAGAAACCUUCAGUGGCUGUAAAGGGGCUUAAUAAUGUACAGUCUUUCUCUCGUGCCACGGAAUUCGUAGAUCCUCUAGGACUUGGGGUUAUUGAUAAUAGAACAUGGAGAUUGGUCAACGAAUAUGCAUCAACUUCUCCAUCUAAAUCUGAGAAAAUAGAUUCUGAUGUUCGAGAUAAGUUGAUGUAUUACUCAGAGAGUUUUGAUCCAAAAUUAUUCCUAUGUCGGGUGCACCAAGAUACAUCUGCAGCAGACUUGGAAGCUGGUGCUAUGGCUUUGAAAACUGAUCUUAAAGGACGAACUCAACAGAGAAAACAAUUGGUCAAAGAAAAUUUUGACUGCUUUGUUUCUUGUAAAACAACAAUUGAUGAUAUCGAGUCAAAAUUGAGAAGAAUAGAAGAAGAUCCUGAAGGUUGUGGAACCUCUCAUUUAUAUAGCUCCAUCCAAGGAGUUACUUCAGUGGCUAAUCGUGCUUUUGCACCCCUACUUGAACGACAGGCUCAGGCGGAGAAGAUUAGGUCAGUUCAAGGAAUGCUUCAACGGUUCCGUACCUUAUUUAAUUUACCAAGUGCAAUUCGUGGCAACAUUAGUAAGGGAGAGUAUGACCUUGCAGUCAGAGAGUACAGGAAAGCAAAGUCGAUUGUCCUCCCUUCUCAUGUUGGGAUAUUGAAACGUGUCCUUGAGGAGGUUGAAAAAGUGAUGCAAGAGUUUAAAGGCAUGCUUUACCGGUCUAUGGAAGAUCCACAGAUUGACUUAACAAAUCUUGAAAAUGUCGUGAGGCUUUUAUUGGAGUUGGAACCCGAGUCAGAUCCUGUACGUCAUUAUCUAAAUAUACAGAAUCAUAGGAUCCGAGGUUUGCUUGAAAAGUGCACAUUUGAUCAUGAAACAAGGAUAGAGAGCUUGCAAAACGAGCUACAUGAGAAAGCACUGUCAGAUGAAAAGUGGAGGAAAAUCCAGCAUGAUUUGAAUGAAUCUGGUGCUGUUGAUGCGUCUCUUCCUUUUAUGAAUGGUAUAGUGACGGCAGAUUCACAAUCAAGAGAUACGGGCUCUGAAGAACUUGAUGCUCUUCGGGGAAGGUACAUACGGAGAUUAACUGCUGUAAUUAUCCAUCAUAUACCGGUCUUCUGGAAGGUCGCUCUCUCUGUUUCAAGCGGCAAGUUUGCAAAGGUGGGAGACGAAAAAUAUUCAAGUCACUCUCUUGAUGAAGUGUCUGGAAUGAUACAGAAUACCUUAUCUGCUUAUGAAUCCAAGGUCCAUAACACGUUUCUUGAUCUUGAAGAGUCAAAUAUUCUUCGUCCAUACAUGAGUGAUGCUAUAACAGAUAUAUCUAAAGCAUGUGAAGCUUUUGAAGCAAAGGAAGCCGCACCUUCGGUCGCAGUUGCAGCUAUGCGAACACUUCAGUACGAUAUCACAAAAACAUACAUACAAAGGCUUAGUUCGUGGAUGAGGGCUUCAACUGAAGAGAUAUCAAGAAAUGAAUCAUGGGUCCCAGUCUCUGUUUUAGAAAGAAACAAAUCUUCAUACACCAUUUCUCACCUGCCUUUAGCAUUCCGUUCAGUUAUGGCUAUGGCAAUGGAUCAGAUAAAUAUGAUGAUGCAGUCUUUAAGGAGUGAAUCAACUAAGUCAGAAGAUGCCUUUGUACUCUUUCAAGAAACUCAAGAAUCUGUUAGGGUUUCAUUUUUGAACUGUCUGCUUGAUUUUGCUGGACACUUGGAACAUAUUGGAAGCGAGCUUGGUCAAAAUAUGUCGAACAACGAGAAUAUGCCUUUCCAAAAUGGAUAUCCUGGUGAUCUAGUGGAAAAUUUAUCUGAUCCUCUCCCGGGAAGUAUUACUAAUCCACACCAAAAACUGCUGAUGGUAUUGAGUAACCUUGGGUUCUGCAAAGAUGACCUUUCUCGUGAGAUGCACGCUAAAUACAAACACAUCUGGAUGCAGACCAGGGCGAAAGAUGAUGAGGACAAUGAUGUUGAAGACUUGGUUAAGUCAUUCUCAGGUCUUGAAGAGAAAGUACUUGCUCAGUAUACCAUGGCAAAGGCGAAUCACAUUAGAACAGCUGCUGUGAACUAUUUGUUGGAUGCUGGAGUACAGUGGGGGGGAGCAACUGCAGUGAAAGGUAUUCGGGAUGCUUCUGUGGAGUUGCUGCACACUCUUAUAGCUGUGCAUUCUGAGGUCUCUGCUGGAUGUAAACCCUUGCUUGACAAGAUACUCCGAGUUCUUGUUGAAGGUUUAAUUGACACAUUACUAAGCCUUUUUCAUGAACAUAAAGACACUGACAUAAGGAUAUUGGAUGCAAAUGGUUUCUGCCAGCUCAUGCUUGAGCUUGAAUACUUUGAGACCAUAUUAAAUAAAUAUUUUACUCCCGAUGUUAGCGAAUCUCUCAAGUCGCUACAAGGGGUGAUAUUGGAGAAGGCCACCGAGAGCUCUUCCGAAGCUAGUGAUACUCCAAAGCACCGUCGUCGUGCAACACGUGGAAGUGAUGAUCUGCCCGGAGAUGACAAAGUGGGGACUGUAUCACCUGAUGAGUUGAUUGCCCUCGCCCAACAGUGUAGCAAUGAGUUUCUACAGUCAGAGCUCAAGAGGACCCAAAUCAACACAGCGUGUUUUGUGGAGUCACUUCCGGUGGAUCCGGCUCCUGCAACAAUGAAAGUAGCUGCUUAUGGCUCGCUUAGAGGAUCAAUGGACUCUCCAAGCAAGAUUGGAGCCAAACAAGGUUAUGGGUCUCCGAGUUUUUCAAGGCCAAAAAGGAGAUGAUUUGCCUUCAGUUGUUGAGUUAUGUAUUGUUGAAAACACAAGGUGAACACUUGUAUCUAUUCAUCCUAGAUGUUAGAAGUCAUUAGCUUUUUUUUUUUUUUUCAACUUGUGCUGUAUAAAUUUUUUUAUAUGUUUAAAGUUAUUUUUGUUGUAUAUAGGCGAUGACAUAUGUGAUGUAUUUUGUAUUGGAGUUACCUUUUAAUGUUCAUGACACUUUAUUCUUUUACAAA